UGCUAGUCUCUCGCACAUUUUUCCUCGCAUGAUUAUGUAUUGCUGUUGUUAUUGUGAUGUAAUGAUAGCUUAGCAUUAUACAGGCACGUGUUCUCGUGUCUGUCGCGGAACAUACGGACACAUUCCGCGUGCUUUGUAAAUCUCAUACAGCUCUUAUAUGAUCAGAAAAUCUCAAUUCGCGUUAGAACGCUGUCACUAUAGAUUCCUUUUCGAAUUAGUCUAGUCUGUCUCAACCGGAAAUUGCACGAUCGGAAUUCCUGUAGAGAAAAACGAUCUGAUCUGUGAGAUAUGUGUUAAAUAUAUCGAUUCUCGUGAUGUGUGUGCAAUAAGUGAACAGUAGUGAGUGAUAUGUCGCACCGAAACGUGAAUUAUUUCUUCGAAUAUUUACCGAAGUAUCAAUUACGAUAAAUAAAUUCACAAUUAGAUCAAGCUCUAUACAAAACAAAACAUUACAUAAAUUGACCAGUUCUUGUGUAUUCUUGAAGCAUUUUUAUCGAAUCCGACAUUACUUUCUCAGCGAUAAUUUCUUCGAUUAUCCUGUAGAAGCGUCUGCUGACGAUACCAAAAUUCACGUGUCCUUGAUCAAAGCCAAAAUACAAAAUGAAUAUAAUUUGGAGGCAUAUAAAUGAACACGGGGGAAAUAUCAGGCACGAAUUAUUAAGCAGACUACAAAUAGUAACACUCUACCAAUUAGAAUUUGGUGAAAUAUAUUGCCGAACGGAACUGAGAGUAAACCCUAGACGUUUACACAGAGUAGAUGGUUCAAUCCAGCUCGAUGACGACGAGGAAUAUUACAAAAACACGCGGCAGCGAUACACCUCUGUUCCAAACACAGACAGGCUAGAUAAACAUGAGAUAAAUUUCACCACCAAACAAGCCUGUGAACUAACAAAUAAGUCCAGCAAACAGAAUUUGUCCAUCACGUCUAUGAUACAGAAGAGAACCAUUGGGCCUGCCUUCAAUACAGUUGAUAAAUGUUGGAUAAACAAUAAUUAUUUACCUAAUAGAUUUGAUGUGAUAAAUCAGUACAACAGUAAAAUAUUCUGCGGUUCACACUCCAAAGACGGAAGGCUCUUUCUUACUGCCAGCCAAGAUAGAUUGUUGCGAGUGUUCCAUACAUAUGACGAUCGAUUCUUCCUGUGUAAGAUAAUACCCGCACAGGAUGUUGGCUGGAGUAUUUUAGAUACCGCAUUCAGUCCAGAUGGUAGUACUAUCGUGUAUUCGAGUUGGUCUGAAUGUUUAUAUCAAUGCUCCGUGCUCGGAGAUAACAACACGCACGAGAUGCUGUCAUUGAACCCUAAUAUACGGCGGUUUUGCGUAUUCUCCGUGGUGUUUUCAAACGAUGGGCGCGAAAUUCUGGGUGGCGCGAACGAUGGUUACCUCUACACGUACGACCGUGAAUGCCAUAAACGAGUCCUUCGGAUCGCAGGGCAUGAUGCCGAUAUAAACGCUGUUACCUUUGCCGACCAAACCUCGCAGAUCUUCUACAGUGCAGGCGACGACGGAUUGUGCAAGGUAUGGGAUAAGAGAAUGGUAAGCGAAACUGAUCCACGUCCGGUUGGAGUGUUGGCAGGUCAUAUGGACGGGAUUACGUACAUCGAUUCCCGCGGCGACAGUCGGUAUUUAAUAACCAAUUCUAAAGACCAAACUAUCAAGUUGUGGGACGUGCGCGCGUUAUCCGGCAAAACUGGCCAGACGAACACUCGCGAGGCUGUCUCAAACCAAAACUGGGAUUACAGGUGGCAGAGUGCACCUAAACGAUUGUACAGGCCGGGAAAUCUGCUAGAAGGCGACACUAGUAUCAUGACAUAUCGCGGCCAUUGUGUACUGAAAACUCUGAUCCGUUGUCGUUUCUCGCCAGCGGCCACUACUGGUCAAAGAUAUAUUUACACGGGAUGUUCGUCAGGUCGAAUAUUUAUAUACGAUCUUUUAACGGGAAAAAUAGUGCGUAUCUUGUUCGGUCAUGGAACGUGCGUUCGUGACGUUAGCUGGCACCCAUUUCAUCCUCACCUCAUUUCCACGUCUUGGGACUGUAUGAUUGCCAAGUGGCAAUACAGAUACAACGAUCGCUACACGAACGACGAUAAUCUACCGGGGACGGUACGGCGGAGUGAAAGAAUAUACACGCAACAAGCGGGACCUCGGUUUUUAACGUGACUUGUGUAAUAUUUUCUUUUUCUUUCUUUUCCAAUUGUUUUACUCUUCAUGAAAUUGAAUGGCUAUUCUUUCUUUCCAUUACUAUUGAGAAGGUAGACGCAAUGAUUGUCGUUAGCGCGACAAUUUUGAUUCUCCGUGAGCGCGAGAAUAUACGUUUUACAAAAGACUGAGCGAAUAUUCUGUCGCGCGUUUAUUUGCGAUUGACGUGUUUCAGAAGAGAUUUCCUCUAUAACCAUUCAAUUUUCGUUUUACGAUGCAAAAAUGUGCAUGUAACGGUCAGAGCUUCCUCUCCAACUUGCGUCGUUUUAUACUGUGAAGAAGUGAGGUACUCUGCUAUCGUCGACGUUUCGUUUUUGGGAAUGUAAAACGUUUGAUUUUUUAUAACUAUAGGUGUCAGAUAUAUCUUAUGUAUUUGAUAGGACGACAACAUAUUAUCUUUUAUUGUUUUAUGUAUAGACUUUGAUUAAUAUAAUAUUUCGGUCGGCUUUUAAUCUUAAGUUGGGAUUUUCACUUUGUAAACUUGUGGUCGUUGCUUGAAACUUGUUUCGCGUGAGACGCUCUGACUGAUUGUAAACUUAGAUCUAAGUUUCUCUGAGAUAAAUUUCAAGCAAUGGUUAUAAAUACAGGGCUGGGACCAUUUGGACAGAGCCCUCAAAUGAAUUGGACAAGUUUCGAAAGAGUGUCUUGUCCAAAGCUAAAUGGAUCGCCUUUUCUCACUAUGUAAAGUAAGUUUUCAUCAAACAUAUGCAUAAUUAUCUAAAUUGGAUGCGAUUGUCACUUCGUACUCUAUAAAAUCUACUUUAAAGGUCCCACAAUUGAUGACAGGAUGCGAGAAACGAGAGAAAAAAUUCCACCUGUAAUUUUGUGCCGUUCUAAUACUAAAAAGAAUUUCAAGCGACAUAUAUACACCAGAAAUCGUAUAUGCCCUUAUAUAAUAUUUUAAUUAAAAUUAUAGUGUUAAAUUAUUUGUAUAGUUAAAUUAUUUCUAUAGUAAUUGGAAGAAGGUUACAAACAUUUUUUAAAUGAGUUUUGCAACGCAUCCGUAUUCAAUAAGAGGAUAUGUUUUUUGAGUAAUUUUCAGAAAAUAAAUUUUCCUAUUAGAUAUCGAAUGCAUUCUAAAAUUCAUCAGAGAUUGAGACUGUGAUUAAGGUGCAAUAGUGUUGGCUGUGAUUUGCGACCUUACACAUAUUUACAUUUGAGGUCGAAAAAGAUUCGUGGAAAUUGUAAAUGGUAAAUAACUGUUAAGGCAUAUAUGACGUUCGGUGUAAUUAUAAUAUUAUAUAUAUAUCCUGAUUAGUAAAGUAUUCUUUUACCAGCCGCUGAAUCUACCGCGAAUUAUAAAUGGUUCAAAGUUGGAUAUACAGUGAGCGAACAAACAACGAACGAACAGCGAACAUCUGUGAUAUAUUUGCGCCCAUCUUGCGCAUAAAUUUUCUUUGAUAAAUCGCAUUAAACCGGCCGAAUGCAAAUAAGACGUUCUGUUCGGAUUUGUUAAGACAUACACAUUUUUUAAAUCGUAAAACGAAAACGAAUGUUACCAAGUUGUUCGAUCGCUUAAUGUUUAUCCAUGUUUAGAUCAAGUCAAGAGACUAUGAUAUACGAAGUUGUGAAAUCAAACUCGUGUACAUUUUUAUAUGAACUUUAUACACGAACUGCAGUAGUCAGUCGCAAUAUUUUUAUAUAGACAUCAUGAUAUUUCGGCAAAAGUAAACGCAAAUUCGGCCAGUUUACAUUAAACCAACCGGAUUUUCGACAUUACCAAAAUUUGAUAACGGUGUAUAUAAUUGUGAGUUAUCUUCAACGCAAAUUCAAGAAAUGUACUUUAUUAUUCUAAGUAGAUUUUAUGGCCGUUUGAUGUAUAUACAGUGACAUAUGUCCCGAGAUAGGCGAUCCACGUUUGGACUCGAUUGUUAACCAUAAUUAAUUGUACAUAUUUAUCGCAAAAAGUGUAGCAUAUUUUUGGUUUAAUAAAAAUAUAAUUAUUAAAUCAA